UGCAGGGAGGGAGGGAGGGAAGGGAGGAGGGCAGCCCCGCCCCCGGAGCGCGCAGGCGCGGCCGGCCGGAGCUUCCCGCAGGCUCCGCGUCCAGUGACCACAGGGCUGAUGCUGUUACAUUCUUUGUGCUUAGGGCAAGGUGAUGGAUGGGCGGGCAGAGAUGGAGGUUAUAAGAAGCACACAAGGGAACAUGACAGGGGAGGUCAGUGUCCAUUUGGUUGCCAAUGAAAAUACUGUGCAAAGUGCCCAUUUACCAGCAACUGCGUUCAUCAUACCAGCAAACACAACCACUGUAAGCCUUCCAACAAGCACCUUAGAAAUCCAGCGUUUCCCUCGAGACCCUCAGAAAAAUAUAGGGGCAGAGAGGCAAAGAGAGGGCACAGGAAGUGAACCCAUCACAGCAACAGUCAUCCCACAGAUCAGUGGUGUACAGACCUGCAACACCAUCCGGGUUCUGGAGUGGAAGGAUGGGGUGGCCACUCUUCCUGGAAGCAACCUAAGGUUUCGGAUAAAUGAAUAUGGAACAUUGAAGGUGGUCAGUGCUGACAAGAUUUCACCGCUGGAGCCCCUGAGGGAUUGCAAUUCAGAAAGAGAUGGAGAUGAUGCAGUGGCUCUCAUUAGCAAAGACAAUCCAACCAUAGCUCAAGAUUCAGAUGUUCCUGAACCUCCAAAGCUUCCAACUGUAGACAGUCUGUUCCAUUGCAGUACCUGUGGUCGGAGAAAUGUUUCAGGAUCAGUCCAGGAAGGAAGGGGAUUUUGCAGUGAGAACUGCCUCCGGCAAUUCAAAGAAAGAUCAGUCAUUGUGGAGAAUUCUUCUGGCAGCACUAACUCCACUGAAAUUCUCAAACCAGUGAAGAAGCGGAAGAGGAAAGAAUAUCAAAGUCUUUCUGAGGAGGAAGAGGAAGAGGCUGAGCAAACGGAAGUAAAACAGGAGGAGACAAAUAGCUCUGGAGGAGAGCUUCCAUCUAGCAACGUUGGGAAUGAAGAGUGGAAUCUGAGUAAGCUUGACUUGAGUGAGGAGAAGACAGAAGGUUGGACCUGGGCAUCUUACUUGGAAGAGCUCAAAGCUAUUGCUGCCCCUUUGAAUCUGUUCCAGGAACACCAAUUGGCUGGUCAUGACAAGAAUGGUUUCAAGGUGGGGAUGAAACUGGAAGGGAUUGAUCCUCAGCACCCCUCCAUGUACUUUAUUCUCACAGUGGCUGAGGUAUGCGGUUACAGGAUGCGCCUCCACUUUGAUGGCUACUCUGAAUGUCAUGAUUUCUGGCUGAAUGCUAAUUCGCCUAACAUUCAUCCUGCUGGAUGGUUUGAGAAAACAGGACACAAACUCCAGCCUCCCAAAGGUUUAGGUUAUAAAGAAGAUGAAUUCAACUGGGCCACCUACCUGAAGAUAACUAAAGCUCAGGCAGCUCCCAAGCAUCUCUUUGUGACCCCGGAUAGUAAUGCUGCUCCCACGGGAUUCCAAAUGGGCAUGAAACUUGAAGCAGUGGACCGCAUGAACCCUUCUUUGAUAUGUGUUGCCACAGUGACAGACGUGGUGGACAAUCGCUUUUUGGUGCACUUUGACAACUGGGAUGAUACAUAUGACUACUGGUGUGACUCCAGCAGCCCGUAUAUCCACCCAGUUGGUUGGUGUCAGGAGCAUGGAAAGCCCCUCACUCCUCCACAAGACUACCCUGAUCCUGAGAACUUCAGCUGGGAAAAAUAUUUAGAGGAAACAGGUGCUUCAGCCGUGCCAAAAUGGGCUUUUAAAGUGAGGCAACCCCAUGGCUUUCUGAUCAAUAUGAGGUUGGAGGCAGUGGACCGAAGGACUCCCACCCUGAUCCGAGCAGCUAGUGUAGAAGAUGUAGAAGAUUAUAGAAUAAAAAUCCACUUUGAUGGCUGGAGCCAUGUCUAUGAUUUCUGGAUUGAUUCAGAUCACCCAGAUAUUCACCCUGCAGGAUGGUGUUCCAAAACAGGACAUCCAUUACAACCUCCGCUCAGACCAAAGGAGCCAGUGUCUUCUGCCAAUGGGAGCUGCCCAACAUUGGCCUGUAAGACUCUCCCUCCCACCAAGAGCUCCAAAUACAGCUUUCACAGAAAAUGCCCAACACCUGGUUGUGAUGGUUCUGGUCAUGUAACGGGGAGGUUUACAGCUCACUACUGCAUCUCAGGGUGUCCCCUUGCAGAGAAGAACCAGGGACGAGUGAAGGCUGAUCUCUCAGAUACAGAAAACUCUAUUCGAAAGAGAAAUCUCAUUGGCUUCUCUCAGCGGAAGAAAUCCCGACACCAUGGAAGAGGACGGCCCCCAAAAUAUCGGAAAAUCCAGCAGGAAGACUUCCAGACCAUUUCUUCAGACAACAUGCACCAGUCCCUCUUCAUGUCAGCUUUGUCAGCACACCCAGACCGUUCCUUGUCUCUUUGUUGGGAACAGCACUGUAAGCUCCUGCCAGGUGUGGCGGGGAUCACAGCAUCCACUGUGGCCAAAUGGACCACUGAUGAGGUGUUUAACUUUGUACAAACAUUGACGGGUUGUGAGGACCAAGCAAAACUCUUCAAAGAUGAGAUGAUUGAUGGUGAGGCAUUUCUUUUGCUAACUCAGACUGACAUUGUGAAGAUCAUGAGUGUCAAACUUGGUCCAGCACUGAAAAUUUACAAUGCCAUCCUCAUGUUCAAAAAUGCCGAUGACACCUUAAAGUGAGCCACCAGAGCAGCAUUUUACUUUCCUCCACAAGGAAAAUGCCAGACUCCCUUGUCUUAUCUCUUGUCUCUGCCAACUGGAGACCUUCCUGACUUCUGCAGGAAGUCCGGCCAUCUUGCUCUCUCUUUGAGUCUUCAUCCUUGUUUAGGACCAAAAACAUCUCUUGUCUGUUUUCCUCUCCUCUUUUACCAGCCUUUCUGAACACUGCCCUGGCCAUGUUUAAUAGUGAAACACUGGUAUUGGUAUGCCUGGUCCCACAAAAACCUGCCAGGAGUAUUCCUGAUAGUUUUAAAGGCACACGGGUUUGAAACUGGGGUUGCUGUUGGUUUUAAACUGCUUUGGUUGACCCCCUCAGUUCUGACUGUCUGUGCAAUUUUACUUUAUUGUGUGCCUCAGUUUACAUGAUGACAUGCAGAAGGCAAAUAUCGAUAUAUUGACCACCGGUAUAUACAGUUCCUCUAUUUCCAGACAGCAUCCUGUAUUUGGAAACAAUUCUGAACUCUGAUGUUUCAGGGAAAAGAUCAAUUGCAAACUAAUAUGGAUGAGACCGUGAACUUCAUAGAAGGCAGAUUAUCUAUAUCUGGGGAUUUGUUCCUUUCAAGGCAAGCUAUUGGACUAACAACACUGUAGAUAUAACCCACUCUUAACCAUUUUGGAUCCAUUGCUGCUAUGGUGCUCACAAUUUGUAGACUCACAAUAUUACCAUGUUAGUCAUGGAGGAUGACUGGAUGAAAGUAAUAUUUCUUGCAUUAACCUCUCUUCAAGCCUUUAGGUUUGCAUGGUGCAUUUUUCCCUACAGUGCACCUAUUAUAUAUAUUAAAAAUAGAUUGAAACUUCACAAAAAACAAGCUAACAAACAGGACUGGUACUUCAUAUCAAAUAAAAGCAUUCCUUCCCUUUACAGAAGGAAUUUCUGAUGUUGGGAAGAGCUGACUAAUUUCAUACAGCCUGUUGGACUUUCAGAUGAUGUUACUAUUUGAAAAAAGAUUUCGUGGAACGCAGCAAUCCUCAGAUUCUCUAUUCAGAUUUGAAUGCUCAUUUCCCCAGACAACAUGAUUUAUUCAGUGUGUACCAAAUGUUUACAUUCAGCUACUUGACAUUGUCCCUUGAACACAUAAUUUAGAAACUGUUCUUUUAAAAAAAAAGACAGAUGAUUGUGUGUUUGUUUCUAAACUGCAUGAAUAGAAAUUAUAUGGUGUGAUACUUGGCUUUUGAGUCAUUAAGAAUUCUGCUGUUGGCUACACAGGGUUUUUUCCUCUAUGCUGUCUUGACAUUGAGUAUUGAUGUACUGGCACAGGAUGUUUCACUGAGCCACUUUAGCUGCACUGUGGCCAUGUGGACGAAAAGAAAGGUUUAAUUUCAAAUACAGUUCUCUAACUAGACAAUGUUAGAGGGUGGUGGUUUCAGGUAACAGAUUGUGAAAUUGUUAAAGCAAAAAGUGUUCUGUUAAAUGGAUUUACUCUUGUAUCUUUGCUUUGGUAAUGGAGGUGGAGGAGCCAUAUCAGUGUUCCACCUCAGAUGCCAAGAUAUGAUCCUGUUGAGUUGGACAAUCUUGUCUAAUUUGGUUUCUGCUCUUCUUGUCCUUCUAUAACCAUAUCUCACCUCACAAUAAUUAUUAUACAGAGGGUAGCAAUGAGGCUAGCACUUCCAAGCAGAGAUUUAGACCUAAUUUCUUUCAUCUAAAUACAACUCUUGGUUAAAUGAAUAUUUUGCAUAUCAUUCCCCAUAUAUGUGGGCCCUUAAUUCUGUCAGAAUUUUUUCUUCUUCUUUUUCUUUAGACUCUGAAAGCAGGGGCAGAAUUUCUUAAUCAUUUGUAUACCAGCAUUGUGUCUCAUAUAAUAACAUGGUCUGUGAACUCCAGUUUUUAUGUUUUGGUCAAAUUCAUGCAAAGCUUCCUGUGGAAAUGCAGCAUUUUGACUCUGGUGUGAUGAAAUAUAGUGAAAUUUGGCUUUCCCUUUUCAGUGUUUAACCACUUGCUAUUCAAGAGAGACUUUUAUUUAACUUUAUUUGUCUUUAAAAAACAACAACAACAACAUGUUUUGCCCCAAAUUCAAGAUGUUUUCUUGAUCAUCACUGUAUAUUUACUUUUGAGGAAGUACAAUGUUUUGCACUUGUGAUCAAGUCCUUCCAAGAGAUGCAGCUAGUUCAUGGUGCCAAACUAUCCCUUUAUCCAAAGAAGUGUUCUUUUAGCCAAGCAGCAAGAAAGAAGAAAAUAAUCUGUUCUGUAAUAUAAAUAUUGCCACAUAAUGUGGACUUUAAGAAGAGGAAAACUUGUUUUGCACAUCUUUCCACCACGUCCAUGGUCCUCCUUGACUGCCCAUAUAAAUUCUGUCAGCAUAUUUGCAAGAAACCAGUUCUAAACAGCAAAGAAACACUCUUUAGUUUUUUAUUGACACUCAUUUUAGCCCUUCUAAAUAGGAAUGCAUUAUCCUGGGUUUGAAGGUGGUUGAAACAUCAUUGUAGAUGGUUUGCUGAAAAUGAUAAAUUUGAAUUAGAAGAGGGGGACAGCUGUUUCAGAACAUAUUCAUCGCCAGAGAUGAUUCGGUGCUAUAAAGGCCCAUUCUGAAAGAAACAAGUAGUACUUUUUGCAGUUGAGGUAAUUCAGCUGAGGUCAUAUGGUUCAGUCUUAGAGUCAUGCUGGAACUGUAGUCACUGAGAAAAUUGCUUACCUUGUACCAAUUGCUUUUUGUUUGUUUGUUUCAGCGAGACUGACUGGAGUAGAUCAGCCUCUCUUAUUCUUCAAGGAUGUUGGAUUUCUUGUUUAGUUUAGGUAAAGUUAAGUUUCUCUUAGAUCCUUUACACUGAAUUAUAGCAGCUGGCCACUUGAGGUCCUCAGUGCCAAAUGUUGUUAUUGUAGUUUUUUGGUUUAAUAUAAUCUGCUCUAAAUUUUAGUCUGCAUCUCUUUUCCCUUUCAUUUUUGUGAAUGUUAAAGUUAUUUAUUUACAGCUUAUUUAUUUAGGCUAAUUCUGUUCCUCCCUUGAAUAGAGCUUCCUGGGCUAUUGAGCAAGCUGGGUUGAAUUUGCAACAGGAAUGAAGUCUACUUAGUACUGAAUUCUUCCAAAAUACAAGUAUGCUUAUAUCAAGUGAAUUCAAAAUGCAAAUGUUUAUGUGAGAUAAAUGUUUCAGGUGACAGGAGAAAAAAAUAACAUGAAUAUAUUAUCUACAAAUUUUAAGCAACUCUGGUUGAAAUAUUUUUUAGAAAGAAAUCAGAUUAAAAUCCAAAAUGUGCAUGUGACUUCGUUAAAAUCCCUUUUCUCGUGUUUGUUAUUUUUGCCAAUGCUUCUGGGGUGCAUUGGUUCAGGAAUUUGGUCAAUAUCAGGAGAAAAGAAAGAAGACAGCAUUCUACAUAGAUAUUCCCUCGAAAAUCUUUGCCAUCUGCAGUGACAGGGCUGACAAAGAUUUUUGCCAGAGGGCCUAGAGAGUUCAUGCCAGCCUAAAUGGCUCAUACUAGCUUAUGUGGCUCACCAGUCUCACAGAA